AUGGACAAUAUGCUAGUCUUCUUUGUCUCUUUUCUUCUCUUUUCAUCUGUCUAUGCAAAAUAUGAAUGCCCCUUGGAUUCCAUUUGUGGUAAUAAUCGUUUCGAUAUACGAUUUCCUUUCGGAUUACAAGGACCACAAAAUCUUCAACAUUGUACAUAUCCUGGUUUCAAUCUCAAAUGCAACAGUCAAGGCAGAGGACUUAUAAAUCUUCCAGGUGCAGGGGAUUUCUAUGUACGUGAUAUCGACUACCUCACACAAGAAAUUCAGCUCUACGAUCCAUCUAAUUGCCUUCCGAAAAGGCUUAUUGAUUUUCAAAUUCCUUCUUCUUCUGUCUUCAAGGCUGUUUCCUAUCGGAACUAUACUUUCUUGACUUGUUCGACAGCUUUGGUCAGGUCUCAGUUCAGUGUUAUUGGUUGUAUGAGUAAUUCUACUAUUUCCACUUUGGCUACUUCUUCAAUGAGCCUUGCAAACCAAAUGAAAAGGUUGUAUAACUGCAGUGUGAAAAACAUUUUGUCUCUUCCUGUCUCCUGGACACCUGAAGUUGUUUCAACUGACCUUAAUAAUGAUCUUGUGUUAACAUGGGAUGCACCGAAUUGCAAAGAUUGUGAAUCGAAACGAGGUCUUUGUGGGUUUAAGAAUGCAACUACUGGAGAAAUUCAAUGCUUUGAUGCUCCAGCAACAGGCGGUACAGAUCGUAUAAAAAUUUUCCGAAUUGUUGCACUAGCCUUAGUGAUACCAGCCAUCACAUGUUCAAUGAGUGUGGCAUUUUACAUCUGUUAUGAGCAAAGACGAGAGAGCCGGCAAGGGUCGGGUGCUCUCCCGACCACUACUGCCGGUGGAGCAGCCGUUGUACCACAUGAAGCGGAAACGACUAUGGGCCUCGACGAUUCGACUAUCGAAUCGUACACAAAAGUUGUCCUAGGAGAAAGUCGGAGAGUUCCAGGGCGAAAUCAUUUGACUUGCUCAAUAUGUCUGGCAGAUUACCAUCCAAAAGAGACAGUGAGAUGCAUACCUGAAUGUGAACAUUGCUUCCAUGCUGAAUGCAUUGAUGAAUGGUUAAAGAUUAAUGGUACUUGUCCUGUUUGUAGAAAUAAUCCUUCCCCUGUACAUGUUAAUUUUUUAUAACACAUUAUUUC